GGGGAAGUGAAGCAUUCAGACGCUAGAAGAGGAAGCUGAUGAACAGCAGUCUGACUGAGGGAGAGCUGCUCAAACAUGAUCUCUGUGAUAUCCAGGACCUCCGUGUUUGUCUUGUUGUGGGCUCUGGUAAUCGGACAGAUCCCAGAACCACAAAACGUGCAAAUUGAUUUUGUCGAUUCAAAGCGUAUCCUCAAAUGGGACUCUGUAUUUUAUCAAGGCAAUUUAGUAACAUACUCUGUUCAAAGAACUUUCGAAAGCAAUGACAAUCGAAGUUGGCUGGACGUGCAUGACUGUAUGCUGACCACUGAAACAAGAUGUAAAUUGUUGAACGAUGUCAAUGCGACUUGCAACCUCAGAGUGAGAGCAGAACAUGGAAAUGAAACCUCAAACUGGGUUGAAGCAGUGGCUGAACCAAAAAAUGUGACAGUUGAUUCUUUGAAUAAAAAGCAUGUUGUCAAAUGGGAUCCAGAUGUUUACCAACUUGGCUCAGUGACCUAUUCUGUCCAGUACCAAGGAAAUUAUGAAAGAUUGUACAAUGAAAGUUGGUCAGAAGUACCGAAAUGUACACGUAUUACUGAAACGGAUUGUGAUUUGUCGGACAGUUUGGCUUUCUUCGCAAAGUAUUUUCUAAGAGUGAGAGCAGAACUUGGAAGUGCAACAUCACCUUGGGUUGAAAUACCAGCCUUUUAUCCAUAUAAAAACACUGUGUUUGGGCCUCCAUCAGUUGAAGUGUUGCCCAAGGCAGGUUCACUACAUGUCGAUAUUAAAGGGCCAUUCACUGAAAAUGAACACCCUCUGAGCAAUGAUUAUGAGGAUUUUGCUUACCAAAUAUUCUAUUGGAAAGAAAAUGAAGAUGGAAAUAUAAAAAUGGUUAACAAAUCUGCUCCAGCAUCAGCUGUUUUGCACAAUCUCCAACCAUGGACCAGAUACUGUUUGAAAGCACGGGCCUAUUCUAAGGCGAAUUCUAAACAAGGACAGUUCAGUCCUGUGAUUUGUGAAGAUGUCAAUGCUGAUACUAAGAGAAGAGCUUUGGCAAUGGCACAGAUCCUUUUUGUGACAUUGCUUGCUGUUUUGGUGGUAACAUUGGGCUGUUUCUUCUUUGUGAUCUAUGCUCGCAAAGCCAUUAAAUAUUUAAUGUAUCCUUCCUACAGUCUCCCAGUACACAUAAGAGAGUACUUGACUGAGCCAUCCCAACAACCGAUGCUUGGAACACUGACUAAGGAAGACCUGCGUGAAGAGCACUGGGACAAACUCUCCAUUGUCUCACAGUCUGAAAUUCCUUCGAUAUUACCAAAUUCGACUAAAACUGAUGGUUCAAAGUCAAACAAGAAUGAAACCAUAUCCGGUGGGAAAAUACUUAAUGAAGAAGAUGAUGUGCAAAGCAGUCAAUCAAGUGUAGAUUCUGGACAUUAUUCCAAUAGUACGGAAAAUUCUGCCCAUAAAACUCCACAGAGUUUGAGAAGAAACACCUAAACCAUUGCAAUUCAAAGACGAUACGGAUUUAGCAGACUAACAUUAGGUUCCCUCGGCCUCCUGAAAUUGACUUUGUGAUAUGCUAAGGACUGACACACUCACAAAGGGAAAUGGAACUGAGAAUCUCUGUGAUCAACAUUAUUUUCAGUACUGAACAACAGACAUUUGGGAGCUAAUGAGAAAGCAUAAAUAGCUUCCAGGUAUUAACAUUUUAAUUCAUAGGACUGCUGAGGGAACUAAAUAGCCAAGCCAUAAUCUAAUUUGAAAACUCAAAUUGGAAAAUUGAAAUAUUUGUGCAAAAUCUUUCUUAACUUAUGGCCAUGCUUAACAGAAGGUUGCCCUCCAAGUUAUUCUUUUUAAUAGAACUGGUAAAAAGAGGUGGUUAAAGUGAUAAUGCCUUCCCUAUUAAGCCAGCAGCAGAUGAAAUCCUGGCCCACCCUGAUGUGGGGUGAAGGCAAUGUGAGAGUGUUGCAUUCUAGGGCUCGCUUUGGGCCAUGAAGGGGCCGGCAAGUGUCAAUGGCACUUCCCAACAUUGUAUGCCCUCAACAAACUUCUCUUCCACCCGGCAAAGAAGGGCUUACGCCCGAAACGUCGAAUUUCCUAUUCCUUGGAUGCUGCCUAACCUGCUGUGCUUUAACCAGCAACACAUUUUCAACCCUACAUGGCCCUAGCCUUACACACACACACACACACACACACACACACACACACACACACCACUCCGACCUGUCAAAUAAGACCUGCCUUCAAGGUUGCUGGCCUUAUUCUCCAGAUACAGUACCAGCUCUAACCGCUAUGGGUGGUGGUGGUGCUGGCCCCCUGCUUGGGGUCUUCAUGUGGCGGCAGGCCUGACUGGAGGAGCCACUUAAUUGGCCACGAACAGAAAAGUGGGGAAACCCAUUUGCCUUCCAUUUUCAUAAUGGCAGAUCAUUUACCACUUCCACAAACCCUGACUCCACCUUUCCACAUCUCUCCAAGGCACUGUCUGAACAGGACACCUCCUGAAACAAUUUCCACCAAGUUGUUUUAUUGUCAGUGACAGCAUUGUGCGUGUACCUGCACCAAGUGGACUGCAGCAGUUCACAAAGGCAGCUCACCGUUACCUUCUCAAGGGCAACUAUGGAUGGGUGAUAAAUGAUGGCCCAGCCAAUAACACCCACAUCCCAUGGUUAAAUAAAGCAAAAAGUACAACAUGGAUUGAAAGGUUGAGAGAUUCAAGAUGUUGUCAAGUCCAAGGUUUGUUUAUCUCAGUGAACAGACCCUGUGAAAUAUGCUUUUUUUUUUGGUUCUCCCUUUCAAUGAUAGUCUUUGCAUGUUCUGGAUCGAUGGCUUAAACGAGACCUCCCAGCCUUCUACCAAUGUUGGUAUAUGGGUAACAGAUGUAGUAAGCCAGAUAAAACAUGAAUGACUUCAUCUGAUCUCCUGUUUAUGUGGAGCUAGGAACCAGAUCUCCACUUAGUAAUAACCCUGCUGUUGUGGGUUGGCAAUAUGCAUUUGCCCUACACAAAGAACAAGUGUCCUUAACCACAGAUAUUGCACAGCAUUGCCAUUAAGGAAAGGUAUAGCGGUCAUGCUACUGAACUAGCAGUCUGAAGGGGUGUGUUCAAAUGGCAUCUAGGAAUUAAAUUUUGUUGAUGAGGAGACUUAGAAUAAGGAAACCAGUCUCAGUAAUGGUAAAUAGUGCGUGUUGUAAAACCAAUCAGAUUUUUGUCCUUUAGGGAGGAAAAUUUGCUCUAUAAUCUAAUCUGUAUGUGAAACAAAACCUGUAACAAUGUGGUUAACCCAUAACUGCCCUCCUAUUUUGACUGUAUAGUCCUCCCAGAUAUUAGCAACAGGAUAUAUUGGUAACACGCACAUCCCUGAUUUAAUGAAAUAACUUUAUAAAAUUGACAUAAAUUCUUGGUUAAAAAAUGAGGUCUGCAGAUGCUGGAGAUCACAGCUGAAAAUGUGUUG